CUCUCUCAGCUAUAAAAUUAGCUUCCUUGUGACACUUGAGUGAAUUCUUGCAUGGCAACUACCUAGCACACAUUGAAUGCUCACUGUUAGCCAAUGUUAAUAUUGUUACUAUUAGUGAAAAAAGCUGACAUUCCUCUAUCAAAAAACCCGAGACAACUAAAUCAGAUAUCUGCAAGGCUCUUCAUUCCAAAGUAUCUUUUCAGUGUAAAGAGGCUGUAAUAGGAAAUGCUGGAGGGUUAAAGAGGGAGGUGCAGGUUGCAUUUAUUAGGGAAGGCUUCCUGGAAGACAUGGUGUCUGGGCUGAGGCUGGAUAACAGUUUGGCAAGGUAGAGGCUGUUCCAGGGGCUGAGAAAGUCAGAGGUCCUCAAACUGCGGCCCACGGGCCACAUGAGGCAGUGUGAUUGUAUUUGUUCCCGUUUUGUUUUUUUACUUCAAAAUAAGAUAUGUGCAGUGUGCAUAGGAAUUUGUUCAUACCACAGGCGCCGUUUUUUUUUUUUAACUAUAGUCCGGCCCUCCAACGGUCUGAGGGACAGUGAACUGUCCCCCUGUUUAAAAAGUUUGAGGAUACCUGCUCUAGUGGGUUCCACAGGGAACUCCUUUAUCUGGAAGGAGGAGAGGAGGGAGUCACAUCCUUCCUCAAAGAUCUUAGAGAGGGAAGGGGCAUGCAGGAUAGUUCCCUUUACUCUGCCCCCAGCACCCCAGAACAGGCUGCUGCCAUCCCUUGAACCCAUGCAGGCCAGAGGGUUGGGGGAGCCAGGCUUGUUUGGCCUUGGUCAAGUUGAGGGUCAAUGGGGAGAUGGCCCUUUCAGAUGGGCAUGCCUCCCUUCGAAUCUGUUUUCAAGGACCAGCUUCAGCCUUGCUGGGGGAUCUGGGAGGGAGGUGUCCCUUGCCACCCCUGGCCUUUUCUUCCCUGCCCUGUCUAGGGCCUCAGUCCUGAGCUUGCUUCUACUCCAGGUGGGGGUGGGGAUCUCCCACCCUACGUGUGCCGCUUGCUGAGUAUGGAGUCCUUACAUUUAUAUACCUUCUCUACUGACUUGCAAACCAAAAAUAAUGCUUUCUUAAAAAGUAAUGUUUCUUCCAGAGUUGGAGUGUUGUUCUGAUCUUGCUUGACUCACACCUCCCAGCCUGCCUAUCCCCGGCGGUGAGGAAACUCUGGACACUGUCACUGGGCAUCUCUGCCAUCAGCCUUUUCCUGGUCUUAGAAGAUGAGGAGAAUUAAGCUUCCCUGAGACUUCAGGGCUGACCCUACACUCUGCAAAGUAGAUGCCUCCCAGGGACCACAUUCCAGAGGCUGUGAUAAACCACCCUCCUCCCAACCCCCUCAACCUCACUCUGUCAUACCACCUGAAAUUCUGUGACAGUCACUUUUCUGCAGAGAUUCUCAAGUUGCAGCGUGCACAAGAAUCAUCUGGGACUUGUUAAAAGAGAUGUAAAUGAUCAGCUAUUUGAGAAGCACUGAGAUGAGGCUUUACUAACCCCAGAAGGCCUUUGCAGCCAUGUUAGAACACCUCGGGGGUAAUAUCUGUACCCCUUUCUCUGGGUGCUUUAGGGCUUGCAAAGCACCUUCAUGCAACUUAGCCCACUAGUUCCUCAAAGUGAUCCUGUAACAUUCUAUAGAUGGGGCUCACCUGUAAAAGCAUGUGCCUUGCCCAUUUAGAUAGCUCGUCGGAACAGGGCUGGGAUCCAACCCUGGGCCUUGUCCCAUGCCACCUCCUACCCCAGACGGUUUUGUCAGGUUGGCCAGCCCAGCCUUGGAGAGCACAGAUACCUGCAGGUUUGGGUGGGAUAAGCAGUGUGGCACCCUGGCGGGGCCAGUCCCUAUAGUAGCACUGAAUUUGGGGGUGGGGAAGAGAGUGUCCAAUGCUUCCCUGUGAACAGAGUUGUCAAGAACAGGCUCCUGAUUGCCCCCUUUGCCAGGUACAUAAGGUACCCUCGAGAAAGACGAGGAAUCUAACCCCCGAGAGAAAUGCUGGGCCAGGCCCCGCUGGCAGCCUCACCCAGGUUGGGCUGGGCCUCAGGGACUUUCUGUGGUUUUUCUUCAAGCUUCUCUCCCUUCAGAAUUGUCAGCCAUGGGAAAACUUAGGUGGGAACUGGGGCCCCACAGAUGGGGCCCUCUAUCCCAGUGUCAUCAAUGGACCUGGGAAUAGUGGGUCUGGCUUCAGCCAAUGAGAAGUGCUCACAGAUGGGUGGCCCCCAGCGCAUACCGUGUGCUCCCCGCUACUUGUGGCUUCAGCACUCCAAGGCUCUAGCUCUUCUGGAGACCCAGGGGUCCAUCACCCUGCCUCCACCUCCCUCCUCUUUAGCCCUCGCUUCUUUCUAGCCUUCUGCACCUCUGUCAAUAAGCAACACUUUCAUUAAAGGCGCAUAGCUGAGUGGACUCUGGUUUUCUGCAGAGACCCUAACUGAUAUCCACACUGGAAUGUAGAAGGACGCACAGGAGAAGGGAAGAGGACACGAGGGAGGUGACAAGUCCAGGCUCUCUCAGCAGGGACUCAGUGAAGAAGGGCCGGACCUCAGGGGCUGCUGGUGGAGCAACUCGGGGAGCUGGGCCCAGCAUUUCUGGGUGGUAUCCACAUCCCCUCCCCUCCGGGAAAUCUAACUCCCAGGCCCUGGCUCCUGGUGCAUGUCACGCUGUGAAAAGUCUUGAUUCCUGAGCAGGGAGAGGCAGGGUGAAGGGACAUUCCACUCCCAGCUCCCUCCUCUCCUGUAUCACAGAAAGCAGAAGCUGAGAGGGAACACCAGGCUCCUCUCUGACUUCCAUCCACACCUAUCUUUCUGGAUCCCUCCUGUCAUAAUGGGAGACUGUCCCUGUCCUCCCCUUCCCUCCGCUCUCCCCUCCCCCUUCUUCAGAGAUGUGCCCCCCGGGGAAACUAUUCCCCCUCUUCCAUCUCUCUUUCCUGCUUCUUUCCCAGCAGCAGGGAGGGAAUUCAGAUCUUCCCAUCAAAAACAAAAUGAAGGCCAAGUGCCCGUGGCUUACUCCCGCACUCCUAGCACUCUGGGAAGCCCAGGCUGGUGGAUUGCAUGAGCUCCGGAGUUUGAGAUCAGCCUGAGCAAGAGCGAGACCCCAUGUCUACUAAACAGAAAAAUUAGCCAGGCAUUGUGGUGGGCGCCUGUAGUCCCAGCUACUUGGGAGACUGAGGCAGGAAGAUCCCUUGAGCCCAAGAGUUUGAGGUUGCUGUGAGCUGUGAUGCCCCAGCACUCUACCGAGGGCGACAUAGUGAGACUCUGUCUCAAUUAAAAAAAAAAAAAAAGAAAAGGACAAAAUGAAGCAGAGAAUACUUCAAACCCGGUUGCUUCUCUACCUCUACCCUAUUGUUCCUCACUCCUUGAUGAACUUUUUUUUUUUUUUGCAGUUUUUGCGAUUUCUGGCCGGGGCUGAGUUUGUACCCGCCACCUCCAGCAUAUGGGGCCAGCACCCUACUCCUUUGAGCCACAGGCACCACCCAUUCAUGAACUUUUUACCAACACUUUCCUCCCCAGCAACCCCCAACCGUGGAAUUGCCAUUUAAAGCUAUGCUGCAAUCAGCUGUGAUGUUUGUCACAAGUUACCUAUUACUGAAACUGGCAAACUAUAUCCACCUAAGUCAGGCAGUUUCAAGGUCCUCCCUGUAAGACCAUCAUCCCCCACCCUCACUCACAUGGUCCAUCUCUUCUACUCAGCCCCUGCCUGUACCAUGUGGGGCACUCUGAAUGUCCUACACAGCUACCUGGCACUUGCUGAUGGUUCCCUUUGCUUUCCCCCUAUUAGCUGGGAUCCCAGCUUAGACAUCCUUUCCUCCAAGGAGCCUUUCCUGAUGUCCCCAAAUCCAGAUAUCAAGAUGAGUGGGGAUGUAGCGGAUUCCACGGAUGCUCGCAGCACUCUCAACCAGGUGGAACCAGGAAAUGAUCGAAAUGGCCUAGAUUUCAACAGGCAGAUUAAAACAGAAGACCUCAGUGACUCCCUGCAGCAGACCCUCUCCCAUCGGCCAUGCCACCUGACUCAACCUGCCAUGAUGUCCGGAAACCAAAUGUCUGGGGACAUGGCUUCCCUCCAUCCACUCCAGCAGCUUGUGUUGGUUCCCAGCCACUUACAGUCCGUAUCCCAGUUCCUGCUAUCUCAGACCCCGCCUGGGCAGCAAGGUCUGCAGCCAAAUCUCCUCCCCUUUCCGCAGCAGCAAAGCAGUCUCCUCCUCCCACAGACCGGGACUAGCCUAGCCUCCCAGGCAGUUGGGUGUCCGGGGCUGCCAGGAUCCUCUUUAGAACCCCACCUGGAAGCAUCCCAGCAUCUCCCAGUACUGAAGCAUCUCCCCAACUCUGGAGGGGCUGAUGAGCCCAGAGACCUCGAGGAGCUGGAGAAGUUUGCCAAGACCUUCAAGCAGAGGCGCAUUAAGCUGGGCUUCACACAGGGAGACGUAGGGCUGGCGAUGGGGAAGCUGUAUGGCAAUGACUUCAGCCAGACUACCAUCUCACGAUUUGAGGCCCUCAAUCUGAGCUUCAAGAACAUGUGCAAGCUCAAGCCGCUGCUGGAGAAGUGGCUGAAUGAUGCAGAGUCCUCUCCAUCAGACGCCUCGGGAAGCACACCCAGCUCGUAUCCCACCCUCAGCGAAGUAUUUGGUAGGAAGAGGAAGAAAAGGACCAGCAUAGAGACCAACAUCCGCCUGACUCUGGAGAAGAGGUUUCAAGAUAACCCAAAACCCAGCUCAGAGGAAAUCUCCAUGAUUGCAGAGCAGUUGUCCAUGGAGAAGGAGGUGGUGAGGGUCUGGUUCUGCAACCGACGCCAGAAGGAGAAGCGAAUCAACUGCCCAGUGGCCACACCCAUCAAAUCGCCUGUCUAUAAUUCCCGGUUGGUCUCCCCCUCAGGGUCUCUGGGCCCCCUCUCUCUCCCUCCUGUCCACAGCACCAUCCCUGGAACAGUAACGUCAUCCUGUUCCCCUGGGAACAACAGCAGGCCUUCGUCUCCUGGCUCAGGACUCCACACCAGCAGCCCCACUGCAUCUCAAAAUAACUCCAAAGCAACAGUGAAUUCCUCCUCCAGUUUUAACUCUUCAGGAUCUUGGUACCGAUGGAAUCAUCCCACCUACCUCCACUGAGACCAAAAAGUUUCUCCUACCCCACCCUGCCCUGUAUUGCCACUGGAAGGAAGGGAGUCAUGCCUUCUCUGUAUGGACAGAUUGUUUUCAGAAGAGUGAAAGAAAAUCCCCAUUAUCAAUGAAAACCCUUCUUCAGGAGCAAGGCCCUCCACAGAUGCAAACUGUGAUUGAACCAUGUUCUGACUCUGAAUGCUCUUGAUACAUAACCCUUCCUAGGAGUUUACCAUUUUCACCUUCCUUGCCUGUGCCCUUACUUUCUAGUUUCAAGUACUUUAGACAGCUUCACUGUGGCAUAGUCUUUCAGA